AAAUGGGAGUGACGCAGUUUAUUGUAGAUCUGUAGAUACUCCAUGCUUUUUUUCUCCCAUAUGACGAGAAAUCAUUAUAUAUAUUUUUUAAAUCGAAAUCUGGACAGAGAAGUCAUAAUAAAAUAAAAACACCACGUUAAAUAAGAAGAGGCUGUAUGACGGAUCUGUGCGCCCGUUGAUUUGGAUGCCAUUCCGGUGCGAGGUUGCGGUCGACCCCGAGGGCUGGAUGCGAUAACCGACAGGACAACAUGCCGCAGCCCAAAUCACGAAAGAUCGCCAUCCUCGGGUACAGAUCCGUAGGAAAGUCUUCCUUGACCAUCCAGUUCGUGGAGGGCCAGUUUGUGGAUUCCUAUGAUCCAACAAUAGAAAACACGUUUACUAAAAUGAUCACAAUAAAUGGACAAGAGUAUCACCUCCAGCUUGUGGACACAGCAGGGCAGGAUGAAUACUCCAUCUUUCCACAGACUUACUCCAUAGACAUCAACGGUUACAUUCUGGUCUACUCUGUUACAUCUAAUAAAAGUUUUGAAGUCGUACAAGUUAUCCACGAAAAGCUGUUGGACAUGGUGGGAAAAGUUCAAGUUCCAAUUAUGCUCGUCGGAAACAAGAAUGACCUACAUAUGGAGCGAGUAAUCAGUUGCGAAGAGGGAAAAGCCUUAGCUGAAUCCUGGAACGCAGCCUUCAUGGAGUCCUCGGCUAAAGAGAACCAGACGGCCGUAGAGGUUUUCCGAAGGAUGAUCCUGGAGGCAGAAAAGAUGGAUGGCGGCGUGCAACCGGGAAAAACAUCCUGCUCCAUGAUGUAGAGCUGUCUAAUCAACACACAGGACACUGCACUGGGAUAUCCCGUUACUUGAAGGCUAGCUGCCAGUCCUCCUCCACCUCAGCUGACUCCACCCCCAGGGUCCUAAAUAUCCAAUACUGUCUAUUUAUGGCUCUGAUUCCACUGUUAUUUAUCAGUAUUUCUCGUUCCCCUUCGAUCAUCCUUGUUUUUCUUUGUGUGUUGGAUGAAACAAAAGGACGAAUGGUGUAAUCCUUGUCUUCAAUUUUUCCACAAUCUGCCCAUCCAUCUCCUGUGCUCGGCACUGAUGCAAAACAUUAAAAUGCAUACAUGGAUGUAUCAGAAAAAAUGAUUUCGCGUCCCAGAUGUGACAAUACUUGUGAACCGGAGAGAAGAUAGUAGUGAAUCGGUGCAUCUUAGCUUCUCAUAAUACGGCGCUUUUACACUAGUAACUACUCAGCUCGACUCUACUCGCCUCGCCCCGGUUUUGCGCUUUUCCACUAGGGGUGGAGGCGGGUGGAGGCGUGCCGAGUAGAUACUUUUUCUGUAUCUAUUCUGCCGAGGUUCUGAGCGUGCUGAGUCGGCCCUGGAUCUGACGUCAUCACACUACAGGCCACCGAUUGGUCGGGAGGCGGGGCCAUCAGACGUUUGAAUCAGGAGGCGGAAAUCAGCGAAAGAGCGACUCGCGGCUUAUUCAUUUUAUUCGACAAGCAAAAGUAGCGCAAAAGUCUGUUUGGUGAUCCAACUCUGAGGUGCAGAUGUUCAUAAACCUGGUGGCUGAGGAGAGAAUUAAAAAGGGAUCUAGACGGGCGAUAAGGAACGACCAGAUCUGCUGCUCGCGCCUCCAGCUGACUUUUCAGCAGCGCCGAGACAAACGCUUGAAGCUUCUUUCACUCUCAUUUUUUAACUUGAUAUCAAACACCAAUCAAUCA